AUGCCUCUGACUGCCCGUGGUGACGAGAGCCAACAUGCGUCCAUUCAGAACCAGGUGAUGGCUCCUUCGAGGCCCACAAUGAUGGUUUCUUCAUGUUCCAAUAUCCCUGGGACAGUCCUUGACCAAAACUCAAUAACUCUCCCUGUUAAUGCCUUCAAUAAGCCCCCUGAAGAACUAAAUGAGACUGUCUCCAUGGACCAGAAGGUGACCUCCUUUGAUCACAGAAAACCCACAGCAACCUCCUGGAUGACAGGUGUGACUGACAACUCAAAGACAUUGUUCACUGAUUAUCAAAGCACAACCAUCACUGCAAAAAACAUGACAAUCUCCAAAGAAGGUAGCCAGAAGGAGACCCUCAGUGAUGAACAGACUGUCUAUGGAGGCCAGAUGACCUUUGGUGGGGACCAGACCCGUUAUGGAGGUCAGAUGACCUUCAGUGGGGACCAGACCCAUAAUGGAGGCCAGAUGACCUUCAGUGGGGACCAGACCCAUUUUGGAAGCCAGAUGACCUUCAGUGGGGACCAGACCCAUUAUGGAGGCGAGAUGACAGCUCUUAAACAGGGCUAUCCAGAGACCUUCAUUGGGAACCAUACCUUCACUGGGGGCCAGGUGGUAACAUACAGCAGUGACAAGACUCUCUAUGGGGGUCAGAUGGGGACGCUUAAGGGGGGCCAGAUGAGAGCCUUCACUGAUGACCACACUCUCCAUGGAAGCCAUAUGAUGUCAUGUCAAUCGCCAUCAUUGCCACACCUAGGAUUCCUGUACUGUUCAAGUUCCCAUUUGACCCAAGGACAAUCCCUAGAAGAGCGCAAGUCAAAACUCAAAGCCCCAAGACAUCAGUUCAAGAAGAAUCUUGACAUUUUAAUGCCCUACAUUUGCACAUACCCGGACUCUAAGAAAUCAUAUUCAAAGGAAUCCUAUCUCCAAAUCCAUAACCGCAAACACACAGGAGAGAGGCCCUACAAAUGCAAUGUGAAGGGAUGCACAUGGGAAUUCGCCCAUUCAGAUGGGCUCAAGAGACACAACUAA